GAUAUUUGAGGGGGGAAAGCCGAAGAAAAAACGAGAUCACAACGAUAUUUAUUAUAUGAAAAAUAACAUAUCGUAGUCCUUAUUAUAUUUUGUCAUCGUAGCAAUAUCCCUUACUAGUGCAGAGGUGCCUCGUAUAUUUCGUCUACAUCCUUUCUCGGCAGUUUGAUGCUCACUCCCCUAAUGCUGCUGAAAUCAUCUUUCACUCCCAUUUUCUUGGUGCAAACCCCUAAAUCCAAAGCUCAAAAACUUCACCACGCAUUCACCAAAACCUUUCUCACUAACAGCACGCCACCCGUUCGACAUAAUGCCUCUCUCAACUUCGCCACCCCACCACCCGCUUCCUCCGCCUACAUCCACCUCCCUUUCUGCCGGAAACGCUGCCACUAUUGCGACUUUCCCAUCGUAGCUCUCGGUUCCGCCUCCACCCAAACCCACCACGACCCGCGCGUCUCCAACUACAUCGACUGGCUCUGCCGGGAAAUCACCGCCACCAAAGUGGAUCAGCCCGCUUCCACCACGCCCCUCCAAACUGUCUAUUUUGGCGGUGGGACGCCCUCUCUGGUGCCUCCUUCCAUGGUUUCAUCCGUUUUGGAGAGUCUGAGGGUGAAGUUUGGGCUUUGUAAGGACGCGGAAAUAUCGAUGGAGAUGGACCCCGGCACGUUUGGUGCUGAGAAGAUGAGGGAGAUGAUAGCGUUGGGAGUGAAUAGAGUGUCUUUGGGAGUUCAGGCGUUUCAGGAGGAGCUGUUGAGAGCGUGUGGGAGGGCACAUGGGGUGCAAGAGGUUCAUGAGGCUAUUAGUGUUGUGAAGUCAUGUGGGGUUGAGAAUUGGAGUAUUGAUCUCAUAGCUUCGUUGCCUCAUCAGAGUUGUGAGAUGUGGGAGGAAAGUUUAAGGCUCACCAUUCAGUCACAACCUUCUCAUGUGUCCGUUUAUGACUUGCAAAUUGAGCAAGGAACAAAAUUUGGACGAUUGUACUCACCAGGGGAAUUUCCAAUGCCUUCUGAAACACAAUCGGCUGAGUUCUAUAAGAUGGCUUCAAGAAUGCUUACUGAUGCGAAUUACAACCAUUAUGAAAUCAGCAGCUACUGCAAAAGUGGGUACGAGUGCAAACACAACUUUAUCUACUGGAAGAACGAGCCUUUCUAUGCCUUUGGCCUUGGCUCUGCCAGUUUUGUUGGUGGGUUGAGGUAUUCAAGACCAAGGAAGGUCAAUGAUUACAUUAAUUUUGUGCAGAAUCUGGAAAAAGGAAUAGUAGAUAGCUCUGGUGAUGGUAACAUUAAUGGCAAGGACACGGCCAUGGAUGUGGUGAUGCUGUCCCUAAGAACUGCACAAGGCCUAGACUUAAAGAGUUUCCAAGAAUCAUUUGGCAGCUCUGUUGUUUUGUCAUUGCUAGAGGCUUAUAAACCUUAUGUUGAAAGUGGACUUGUGGUUUGCUUGGAUGAGCAUAGGAGAACCAUUAUAGAUGACCUUGACUAUUCCUUUUGGGAUAAAACUAACACAGAAAAGAGGGUGGCAUACAUAAGGCUAAGUGAUCCAGAAGGUUUCCUCUUAUCAAAUGAGUUGAUAGCCCUUGCUUUUGGGGUUAUUGACUCUUGGAAGGUUUCCCCUCAGUACCAAGAAGCAAAAUCCACUUGAAAGCAUGGAUGUAUAUUUUAAAGCAACACACCAAUUAUAGCUGAUGUCAUCUAACGAUUAUUUGUACCAGAUACCUAUUUAUACAGAGGAAAUAUUUCUUGUAAGGAGGGGAUGGAUAUGCAGGCUCAAACACCAAUGAUGGACAUCCAUACGUUCCGUUGAUCUUCAUAACUAAUAAUAGUUCAUGAAAUGAAAUCAAUUAUGAUUGACAUUCGAAUAAAUAAACAAAUUGUCUAAACCUACCUCCUGAGGUUGAGAAUCAUCUUGAUGGUGAAAGAACAUAAUUUCAAAGUGUACUACGACAUCCAAACACAAAUUGAUAUAUGAAUUUUGCAGAGGAUGGAUGGAAAUCGAGAGGUACAUAAUUGGUGCCCAAGCUAGUAAUUUUUGGAAGUAAAGGAGAUUGAGAUCACCUUUAGGUGAACCAAUCACCUGUUUCUUCAUAGCAAUUGUUUUACUGUUUACUGAUAUUUUGUCCCUCUAUAUUCGUAACGUU